UAAUAAUUAUCUUAUUAAUCUCGCCUAAUCCGUUACGUGCUUUAUCAGCCUCUUUUUGCAUAUUUUAUGAGGUUCAACUAAUAUUUAUUUCCAGCUCAAUGUUAUUACCAAAAUUAGCCAAAAACGGCUCUUUUCUCCGAUUUGUUAUUCUUUACGUGUGCCUUUUUAUUGUUUUCCUUCCCAACUUUAUCCUUACUGACAGCCUAAAAUAUUCUUUGGCAAAAAAUUCUCAAUUAAAUUCUCCAGAAAAAUUAAAGGCAGUUGAAAGGAGGCCGAGAAGGAGGCAAUUUUAUUAUGAAUUAAUUGAUAAAGAAUUGAGGGAUUAUAGAGAAGAGGAAGAUGAUGAAGAUGAUUUGACGGAAGAAGAAAUAAAAAAUUUUAAAAGAAGAAAAAUGAAGAACAGUCGGAGUGGAAGAGAGGCAUUCGGCCAUUCGGAAUAUUUAUUGCCAGAAAAUUUUCGCUCUCUCCAUCGAAAAGAUAUUCCUGUUACAUACCGGUUACAUGACGAUUUACUCCGUUAUUACCGCAAAGGCACUCGACCAGUUACUCAUCCUAGCAAGAUCAUCAAUGUUUCUAUGAGCGGUAAACGUCAAUAUUGGCAAGACGAAUUUUUGCAGUGGGAACCAGAUACUUAUGAAGGUGCCACAGAGAUAUUUUUGGCCUCGACUGAUAUUUGGAUUCCUGAAUUUUCGCUUUAUUAUUCUGUUAAUUUCAACGAUGCUGUCAAAUUACAAUCAAAUAACGAUGUAAGAGUCAAUUUUACUGGGCAUGUUCGUUACUGGAUUCCCUUCUCGACUGAAUCCCUAUGCAGUAUGGAUGUCAAAUUCUUUCCUUUUGAUAUUCAGCGAUGCACUUUGCUACUCGGUUCCUGGGCGCAUUCGAAUGAUUCCAUCAAAUAUUCGUUAUACUCCAAGAAUCUGUCACUAAUUGAUUUUUAUGACAAUCAAGAAUGGCAACUAGAUUUGAAAGAAAGUCACAUAACUUCAGAUGGUUUUUUGUAUGAUUACUUAGAUCCUCCCCUCUUCUGGGAAAUGAUUGAUAUGCCAAAAUUUAGUAUGUCAGAACGUAAAGGACGUGGAUCAUUUUCUGGCAUACCUCUAAUUGGUCUCUAUUAUUUUAUGUUGCUAGUAAUUGUGAGCUUUUCUACAGUUACUACUUCUACCCCUCCAACACAUGGUCAUUUAAAUGGCUUUGUGGGCUCUGGUAUUGUUUCCUCCCAACAGCAAUUAUUGACAGAUGAUAGACAAAGUUUAUUGAAUGUUCAUCAUAGGCUUAGUGGAUCCAUUUCUAAUAGUAAUGCAACUACACAAAAUGUAGCACUUAGCCUUUUAAGGCUAAUUUCUUGUGAUCGAGAUUCGGGCUCUCGCCAAGAUAAAGCUUUAAGUAGAAGAAAAAAGGUUAAGGUAGAAGAACCCGAAGUAAAUUGCCAGCCGGAUAAAAAAUUCAAAAAGAGAAAGGACGAACAGUUAAAUUCAAGUGAAGGAAUUAAACUUAGGAAAUCGAAUUUUCCAAUUCCUCCACCUCCUCCCUCACCAGCAGCAGCAGCUUUAUCCCAAAGAAAGCGACAUAGUUUGUUACACGCUGAAAGUCCUUUGGUUGGUUGACUUUUGUUAUUUAAAAUUUAGAAAUAAAACCUGUUUUAUAAAUAUUUGACUGGAAAUAACGUAGGAAUUGAGAGAAAAGAUGAGAAAAACAGGAA